GCACGCUGGGCAAGGGCAACUUCGCCGUGGUGAAGCUGGGGCGGCACCGGAUCACCAAGACGGAGUUUCUUUAUACAGAACAUUUGUGGAGAAUGCUUUCCCACUCUUCAAAGAGAAACAGCCCAUAUAUCCAGUUUGAGAUUAUUAGAAGAAUCAAAGACAAUUACAUUUGGGAAUUUCACCAGAAACUCUUCCUUUUAAAAAACAUUUAAAAAUACUUUAAACAGGGUGGCAAUAAAAAUUAUAGAUAAAUCUCAGCUGGAUGCAGUGAACCUUGAGAAAAUCUACCGAGAAGUACAAAUAAUGAAAAUGUUAGACCACCCUCACAUAAUCAAACUUUAUCAGGUAAUGGAAACCAAAAAUAUGUUGUACCUUGUGACAGAAUAUGCCAAAAAUGGAGAAAUUUUUGACUACCUUGCUAAUCAUGGCCGGUUAAAUGAGUCUGAGGCCAGGCGCAAAUUCUGGCAAAUCCUGUCUGCUGUUGAUUACUGUCACGGUCGGAAGAUUGUGCACCGUGAUCUCAAGGCUGAAAAUCUCCUGCUGGAUAACAACAUGAAUAUCAAAAUAGCAGAUUUCGGUUUUGGAAAUUUCUUUAAAAGUGGUGAACUGCUGGCAACAUGGUGUGGCAGCCCCCCUUAUGCAGCCCCAGAAGUCUUUGAAGGGCAGCAGUAUGAAGGACCACAGCUGGAUAUUUGGAGCAUGGGAGUUGUUCUUUAUGUUCUUGUCUGUGGAGCUCUGCCUUUUGAUGGACCAACUCUUCCAAUUUUGAGGCAGAGGGUUUUAGAAGGAAGAUUCCGGAUUCCAUAUUUCAUGUCAGAAGAUUGUGAGCACCUUAUUCGAAGGAUGUUGGUCCUAGACCCGUCCAAACGGCUAACCAUAGCUCAAAUCAAGGAGCAUAAAUGGAUGCUCGUAGAAGUUCCUGUACAGAGACCUGUUCUCUAUCCACAAGGGCAAGAAAAUGAGCCAUCCAUUGGGGAGUUUAAUGAACAGGUUCUGCGAUUGAUGCACAGCCUUGGAAUAGAUCAACAGAAAACCAUUGAGUCUUUGCAGAACAAGAGUUAUAACCACUUUGCUGCCAUUUAUUUCUUGUUGGUGGAACGCCUGAAGUCACAUAGGAGCAGUUUUCCUGUGGAGCAGAGACUUGAUGCCCGCCAGCGUCGGCCUAGCACCAUUGCUGAACAAACAGUUGCCAAGGCACAAACUGUGGGGCUCCCCCUGACCGUACAUUCGCCGAACGUGCGACUGAUGCGAUCUGCCCACCUCCCACAGGCAUCCAAUGUGGAGGCCUUCUCAUUUCCAGCACCUGGCUGUCAGGCGGAAGCAGCCUUUAUGGAAGAAGAGUGUGUCGACACUCCAAAGGUAAAUGGCUGUCUGCUGGACCCUGUGCCUCCUGUCCUGGUGAGGAAGGGGUGCCAGUCAUUGCCCAGCAACAUGAUGGAGACCUCCAUUGAUGAAGGGUUGGAGGCAGAAGGAGAGACUGAGGAGGACCCCAGUCAGGCCUUUGACGCGUUCCAGUCCACCCGCAGUGGGCAGAGACGGCACACUCUGUCAGAAGUGACCAAUCAGCUGGUCGUGAUGCCUGGUUCAGGGAAAAUUUUCUCCAUGAGUGACAACCCCUCCCUUGACAGUGUGGACUCUGAGUAUGAUAUGGGGUCUGUUCAGAGGGACCUGAACUUUCUGGAGGACAACCCUUCCCUUAAGGACAUUAUGUUAGCCAAUCAGCCGUCACCCCGCAUGACGUCUCCCUUCAUAAGCCUGAGACCUGCCAACCCAGCCAUGCAGGCUCUGAGCUCCCAGAAACGAGAGGCCCACAACAGGUCGCCAGUGAGCUUCAGAGAGGGCCGCAGGGCAUCGGAUACCUCCCUCACCCAAGGAAUUGUAGCAUUUAGACAACAUCUUCAAAAUCUGGCUAGAACCAAAGGAAUCCUAGAGCUAAACAAAGUGCAGUUGCUAUAUGAACAAAUAGGAUCAGAGGCAGACCCUAACUUGGCCUCAGCUGCUCCUCAGCUCCAGGACCUUGCUAGCAGUUCCCCUCAGGAGGAAGUUUCUCAGCAGCAGAAAAGUGUGUCUGCUCUCGCCAGCAGUGUGCGUCCUCAGCUCUCCCAACGGCAAGGCCUGGAAGCCCAGUACCUGCAGCACAGACUCCAGAAGCCCAGCCUUCUGUCAAAAGCCCAGAACACCUGUCAGCUUUAUUGUAAAGAACCACCACGGAGCCUUGAACAGCAGCUGCAGGAACACAGACUCCAGCAGAAGCGACUCUUCCUCCAGAAACAGUCUCAGCUGCAGGCAUAUUUUAAUCAGAUGCAGAUAGCAGAGAACUCAUACCCACAACCGAGUCAGCAGCUGCCCCUUCCCCACCAGGAGGCGCCACCGCCAUCACAGCAGCCAUCGCCAUUCAGCCUGACCCAGCCCCUGAGCCCCGUCCUGGAGCCUGCUUCUGAGCAAAUGCAGUACAGCCCUUUCCUCAGCCAGUACCAGGAGAUGCGGCUGCAGCCCCUGCCCUCCUCGCCUGGUCCCCGGGCUCCUCCUCCACUGCCCGUGCACUUGCAGCAGCAGCCACCACCGCCGCCACCACCACCUCCGCCACCACAACAGUCGGGAGCUGCCCCAGCACCUUUACAGUUCUCCUAUCAGACUUGUGAGCUGCCAGGUGCUGCCUCCCCUGAGCCAGACUAUGCCGCUGCCUGUCAGUACCCCAUGGAUGGAGCCCAGCAGAGUGGCAUAGCAACUCCAGACUGUCCCAGGAGCUCAGGACUGCAGGAGGCCCCCUCCAGCUACGACCCUCUAGCCCUCUCUGAGUUCCCCGGACUCUUCGAUUGUGAAAUGCUGGAGGCUGUGGACCCACAGCAUAGUGGCUACGUCCUGGUAAAUUAACCUCAGCACAGGAAGGGAGGCAGGUCAAGUGAAGGAAGAGUGUGUAUUUCUAUUUGUAUUCCAGCCUUUUGAAUUUAAAGCUUAUUUUCCUGCCCUCUCGCUAAUGGGGAAAAAAAUCAAGUCACCCAACUGGAAUCAGAGGGCCUGGCCUGGUGGAUGUUGCUUCCUUCUGGCUCUGUCCCACCACAGUUUUCUGUGGCAAGUGCUGGAACAUAGUUGUAGGCUGCAGCUCACGCCCUUAGGUCAAGUGGAGCAAGCUCUCACGGAAGGCACCAAAAAAUGUUUUUAUGAGAAGAUGACAUCCAGACCCAGGUUUUAUGCAGAACUACACCAUUUCAUUAUCGAGGGAAACCUUGGUGAAAGCAGGAAAAAAUGUGUGCCAUUAUAUAUGGGCAGAAAAAAAAGGCAAUAUAUUUUUCACUGAAGCCAAGCAACACCAUGUUGCUUAAAGGCAGAUCAAGAAUACAUAAUGAAAUCUGAUGCACAGGAAGUAAAGGACAGAGUACUUUGUCGUUGAAUCUUAAGUUCUAAGCUGCUGAUGCAGGUUGUCCCUGAGACCAUUGCAAAGCAGUGGAGUGUGAGCUUUGUUUCAGGGGCCACUAAAUAACAGCUGGUACUGACCCCUGAGACUGUCAGUCGUCUCCCGCUGGGAGCAGGUGACACACUUCUUCAGCAGGUGUCCUGGUUACAGAGCGUCAGAGUGGACUUGGCAAAGAUGUCACCUGUAGAACCAGAGACCCACCGCAGUGGAGACUGGGGGCAAGGAUUCGAGAAACCCUCAGGAGCAGCAGCCCCGGGCCCAGGAAGACCGGCUCUUCCUGAACAGUCCUUGUGGAGACUUCUGGUUCGGGGCCAUUGGUCUUUGAGGACCUGGCGUCUCUUUUACAAUGUAAUAACUACUUUGACUUUACACUCUAUGUUGCUAGUAGUUUAUUGAGCUUUGUAUAUUUGGACAGUUUCAUAUAGGGCUUAGAAAUUUUAAGGACAAGACAAAUGAACUUUAAUCUCCCAUGUGAAGUGGUAGUGCUGUGCCUUUGCUCCCAGAUCAUGCUUUAAUUAUUUCUUUUCUGUAGAAACCAACAGUUUUCCAUUUAUGUCAAUGCUAAAUCCAAAGUCACUUCAGAGUUUGUUUUCCACCAUGUGGGAAUCGCAUUCUUAAUUUCCUUAGUUUUGACUUGUAAUGAAAUGUUCAAGUAUUACAGCAAUAUUCAAAAACCACAGAUGUGUUAACCAUUUAAGCAGAUCAUCUGCCAAACACGUUAUAUUACUAUAGUAAAACUUAACCUUAACCCUUACAAUUCAUCCAUCAGAGUAAGUAAAAACUAGAUGCUACAGCUAGUUGACUGUAUACGUAGAGGUAAUGAGUAACCUGGCAUUUGGACAGUAACAUCCAAGGGUUACAGAUUCAGUAUUAUUUACAAAGACUAUCGUUUCUGUCCUUUAGAACGGUUUGUCCUAUCAGCAGAUGAAUGCGUUAAGCACAAAGCAUCUUCCUUAAAGCACAAAGAAGAGAGAUACUACACUGAUGCUGCAUCUAGAACACACCUUUAAGUUGCCUUUCCUCUUUGUAGUAAGUGUCCAGGCAGGUGAGGAGAAGCAUGGACGGUCUGAGUAGUUCUGUUCCGGCCCCCCGCCCAGCCCCUCCCAGUGUUGGUAACUUGAGCAUCCUUGUCUCAGGCUCACACUUGGCACCAGGCCGCUUCAAGGAGGCCCUCUGCUUGGGGUUGGACUCUGGGUGUUAGCAAGAAAGGGUGGUGGUGGAGGACUGUCGUGCUGUGAUUUAACAACACGCAGUGAAAAUCCAGGAAGAAUGAAUGCUGUUCCUCCUAUGGAUUGUUUAUUCCUCCUCGUGCUUAAGAUUGAUGAUUUCGUGAAAUAGAUCACAUCGUUUCAUUUAAGAGAUCCUUUCAUUAAGAUCUCUAAUCUGUUCUGAGUUUUUGCAAAAUAAGCCAGUUAUAAAACGGGGCUUGAUUUGUUUAGACUGAAGGAUAUUUCCUAAAAUAUACUACAGAAGUGCUGUAAUAUUUAUGAAAUUAAAAUGCUUUCCAGAUUGAAAAUGCGGGCCGCUCGUUUCAGAGUCGCAGGAAGGGCACAAUUACAGAUUGGCAUGAACGCCUGCCCCCAAGCAAGGCCAUGGGCCACUUAGCCCAGGAAGCCUCGGAGCUAUGGCAGGACGUAGGACGACAGAUGAGGGACAGCGGAGAGCCUGUUGGAAAGUUAAAGGACCCAGAGAGAGACACUGGGAAGCACCAGCAGUGGCCAGGUCUGUUAGGAACCGACAGACCAGCGGCGCGGGCACUCACCUGGACCUGUGUUGUAAGCUCCUAUUUGCUUUUCUCAUUUAUUUCAAGCAGAAAUCAAUAAAUUCCAUAACAAUCUGUAUUUGCUGAAAUGUAAGCUGGUGAGAGGAGACUGGUUCUGUUGGUCAAUCAGGUUUUCCCAACCCUGUCUGAUCCUUGCCGUUGCUCUGUCCCCUAACUAGUGACCUGUGUAAGCUUCCAAGCCGCUUUCUCUUCACAAAUACUAAAGAAACACUAAGAAGGCUUCGUACCACUCUUUUUAUGAGAGGCUGCUUUGAAAUAAUGCCUUUCUUUCCAGUCUGUUUCACAUUAGCAGUGUGUACACUACUGUAUAAUAAUCAUUAGCUUUAUUAUCUUGUAAACCAGGCUCCUCUGAAGAGACUUUGGUGAGAUGAACGUGAGGUAAAAAUUUCACUCGGCAAAAAGUGCAAUAUGUGUGGUACUUUAUUUUUUGUUUAUGUUCUUUUUUUAAUCCAGGGGUAUUAGUCUCUGCUUUGGGAAAAAUGCACUAGUUCUGCCAUUUCCAGUCAGGCAAGUGUGUCUCUAGUAUUUACGUGCAGCUGAUAUGCAGGUCCCUGUAAGGCAAAUAGAGCAUGUUAACGCAACAGAGAGAGGGUGGCUGUUGCAUUUCAAAACUGCUGGUAAGCUCCAGUGACCAUCCCCAGCCGCCCCUCGCCACCUCUGCCCCUCCCAGGCCUGCACCGGCCUCUUGCUACCUUGGAAACACAGAAGGGGGCCAAAGGUUCUCCACACCAACCACCUUCCAGUAUCUGCUUAAUGGGAAACAUCUGGGGCCACCAAGAAGGACCAUGAGAUGGGACUAAAGGACUCUGUGAGUUCUGAUAUGAACAAAACCUUUUCUCUUCUGAAUCAAACUUUGCCUCCUAAGAAGGAGAAAGAGUCCCUUUCUUCCUCAGAAAUAAAGAACUCGUUUAAGCUGUGUCCUGAGUCGGUUAGGUGGGACUGGCAGGAGCUUGGGACUGGGACUAAAGUCAGCCCUCACGUCAGAGUCCCUGAGCAAUGGGGGGCCCUGUGCCCUUAUGGGGAGGGAGGGGACCACCUUGGAGGAGCAUCGCCCUCCAGUCGACUAAAGGCCUCUGCGGAAGGGAUUCAUUGUGGCACUGGCCUCUCCCACUCUGCCCCCACACUGUCGUCAGUACCUAAAAGGGGAGGCUCUUAGAGAAAAGAAUUCUACCUAAUUGUUCCAGUUGGGAAGAAGAGUGUAUUCUCAGCUAGCGAGUGAUUGGGUAGCCAACCAGAAACUAAAGAAAGGGGAAAAGCAGCAGCUUCUCGUUAGAGGCGGUCAGGGGUCCAGGUGUGGUAAUUAGAGCAGCCUCGGGUCAGGUGCAGGCAGCUCAGCCACGUGGACGUGAGGAAAUGAGUGGCUUCCUUUGCGGGGUCCCUGGUAAUUAAUUAAAUACUGGGUUCUGUUGGGCUCAGAAUUUUCAGCUCUGGAUUAUAUUUGAAAACCUCUAUCAACAGUUACACUUCAGCUCCCUAUUGGUUUAAAGAAAAUUCAUACUCCGGAUAACUUUUUCACAUUGCUCCUCCUUUAGAGACAAUACAUAGUGUCACUUGACAGCACUGGUCCCAGUGAACAGUUGCGGAGUCCCGCCGGGGCUGACCUUGACUGCAUCUGCACCCCUACCCUGGGCUGCCUCUACUGCCUCCUCGGAAGCCACCUGAGCCGCUCGGUCUCUUUGUGCCUAGACAUCAAAGGUAAAAACUGGAGAACAGGUAGUAAGUUGGAGUCAUUGUUAUAGGCAGGGAACUUUGAUCAUUUUGUUGCUUUUAAAGGACGUUUUUACAGAACUUAUCUUCAGAGUGAUGUGUGGAAGGCAAGAGCAGUAUCAUCUGCCUCUGCUUCUAAACUGGACAAAAAAAACAUUUUUAAAAAUUUAUGUACCCCUUCUGACAGGUUCGGUAGUAUGGUCCUCCCUGGCCUGCGGCCCCAGGGAAGUGACUGGUUACAGAGCCCUUUCUGUCUCUUGGCCUGUGGCCCCUGGAAGGCGGCAGGAUGAACAAAGUCUGGCCUUCAAAACCCCUUUUGGCCCCAGAGUCUCUGGUCUUACAGUGCCCCUCUCAUAUUUGUUUUACCCUUUUUUUCCCAUUAAAGUAGGCUAGCUGAUUCUAGAAGGCUCACAGCCGCCCUAGUUACACGACCAUCUAAUGUCCACAUCUCAUCUGGGCAGAUUUCAACACAUCUGGCAGAAUUGGGCACCUGCUAUUGCAGAGAUUGAGAAACAGGCAGCAGCACUGCCCUAGCCAGUGAUAGUUUUGAUGGUUCCAGCCUAGCGUGCAGCUUGCCUGUCCGAAAGGAGCAGUAGCUUAUAUCUGUGCACUACCAUACCCAGCACUUGCACAAGUCAUCUCUUCUAAUCCUCACAACAAUUCCAUGAAAUCAGUUGGGCAGAUACCGUCCUCAUUUUUACAGCUGAGGAAACCCAAGCUCUCAAAGAACAUGUGACUGUUUACGUGACUUGUCCAGGUGCACGGAGCUUGUGAGUGGAGGCACCGGGACAAGCUCGUGGGUUUUCCAGAUUCUCAGUCAGCUCUUUCCCUCCUCAGUAGCAGUUGACUCUUCUCAUGAGCAAACAGCUGUAUAAACAGAGUCCCCAUCUUGGUGAAGCACUGGGUGAAUGUGACACUAUCCCCGCACUUAUUGUGCACUUGACAGCUGCCUGGCUUUGGGAAGGAGGUGCCCUCCAGGUGACAACUGCAGUUGUCCAAGAGGCCCUGCAUGAACAAGGCUAGGGGGACACAGACCCCACAGACUGCCAUCCUUCCCGUGUCCAGUUAACUACAGAAGUUAGGUUCACAUCAAACAUGUCUAGUGUCUCCAAGUUGCACAAUAUAGUAAUUUCCUACAGGAGUAUAUGAGAGAAGGACACACCCUUCCUUGAUUGCCAGGGGGCCAAAUUGCACAGCUUUGACCCACCACUGCAGGCCAAGAGACCCAACCCCAAGAAAGGGGGCUGCUCAGAGAAGAAUCACAAACCCAGCCUGGUCCUGAGGAGGGCCGUAACGUUUCUUUACAAUUCAGGCCCAUCAAGUAGAAGUGCUGAUUAGACACUUUUAGGGUUAAAAACAACUUUGAUUGAAUACUUAGUCUUUUCAGAGGCAAAGUGGGUGGGUAGGAGGGAGCUUUAAAAAUAGAAGUGCAAAAUAACAUCCUGGAAAAAUAUGACCCCAGAUUGGAAUAAUGUUACAUUAGCAAAUACAGAAAGCUGGGAGUCGCCGCUGCCUGUGGAUGCCUAUCUGUUCAAGAUUUGCUCGGUCAAGGAAAUUCAAGUGGUGCGACUUUGCCACUACUGAUGGUAAAAGAAAUUUGCCUCCACCAAUAUCUCUGAAGGGAAAAGAAGUAGAGAGAAAAGGAGAUUUGCUUCUCUUUGGGGACUAUAAGAAAUAAAAGUGAUACAGAGAUAUUUGCACUUUGUAGAAAGGGCAAGAUGAUUUGCUUAUUUCUGAAGGGAGGAGGAGGGUGGUCUUUGUUGGAUGUUUGGUUUGUGAGUUACUUUUGAUAAAGUUAAUCUAACUGUAGUUAUUUUUUCUGUGUGCUUUUUUUCCUAAAUGCUAAGAAAAGGUGGUGAGUUCAAUAGCUUUGGUAUUUUGAGUGCAAAUCAUAGCUCCAAUGUGAAAAAAAUCAAAAUGUAACCUGUCACUCAAUGUUAGAAAAUUGCCUAAAAUGCAGUUUAAUAAAUGAUCUUUGUAUCAAACAGUAAUUUAAAUGGGGGUAAUUUUCUGCAAGGAAAAUGUACUGUUUUUACGUCUCCAACCCUCUUGAAUUAAAAUAAAAACAACUUGUUUUCUAAGA